UUCUGCAAUCCUUGAGGUAUCCUGGACCCAAGUAUUUGGCUUAAAAUUAACUCUUGUGGUUCAUCCAAAUCUGCAGGGGAAAUUCUUGCUGCUGUUGACAAAGAGGGCUUGAGGAACAACACUUUUACUUACUUUACUUCAGACCAUGGCGGCUUUUUGGAGGCUAGAGAGGGUAUUACCCAGCUAGGUGGCUGGAAUGGUAUAUACAAAGGUAAGGCAGCUUUCCUUCAAUUCUCCAUGCCCAUGUAUAGAUUACUGUACUUCAAUGUGCCUGUGUGUCUGGAAACUUCCAUGCGUACAGAACAAAGCUUUGAGAGGGCAAACUGGGCUUCUGAAUUACAAACAUAUAAUGCUACUACAAAGGCACGUUGACUGGCUCCCAAAGUAAGGUAAAGGGACCCCUGACCAUUAGGUCCAGUCGUGACUGACUCUGCGGUUGUGGCGAUCAUCUCACUUUAUUGGCCGACGGAGCCGGCAUACAGCUUCCGGGUCAUGUGGCCAGCAUGACUAAGCCGCUUCAGGCAAACCAGAGCAGCACACGGAAAUGGCGUUUACCUUCCCGCUGGAGUGGUACCUAUUUAUCUACUUGCACUUUGACAUGCUUUCAAAUUGCUAGGUUGGCAGGAGCAGGGACCGAGCAACGGGAGCUCACCCCGUCACGGGGAUUCGAACCGCCGAUAUUUUGAUCGGCAAGCCCAAGAGGCUCAGUGGUUUAACCCACAGCGCCACCCGUGUCCCAUGGCUCCCAAAGUGGGUUGCAACAAAUUAUUAUGACAUAACAAAAUUUAAAAUAGUGGUUAAAAAAUAAUAGCAUCAGUGGCUUAAAACUGUUCUUAAAUAGAACAUCCAUAAAACCACCUGGAUCCCCAUCCCCCAAGUCUUUAAGAUUUCUUAAAUGGCCAAAGAGUGGGGGACUUAUGAAUUCAUUUUGACCAUCACAGAUAUGGGAGAUCCCUGAUAUUCGCCAAGCUUACUGCUUUCAUAGGUGGAUCACAAAACAGUGCCUUGGAUAUCAGUCUUAAAGCUUGGGCAGUUAUAUAUACGAACUUAUUUAUGUCAAGAGCCUGCGCAUCCUCUUUAUCAAUAUGUGUGUUCCUUCAUUAUUCAUGCUGGGCUCUAGGUUUUUUAAAAUGCAUUUAACAGCUGAUCUCCACUUUGCCGAUCUCCACACUGAACUAUGACAUUCAGCUCAUGAAUUGUAAUUAUCUUUCUCUUCUAUUACUUCUUCUUUGGCAGGUGGAAAAGGUAUGGGAGGCUGGGAAGGAGGAAUCCGUGUGCCUGGAAUAGUUCGGUGGCCAGGGAUAGUCCCUGCUGGCAGUGUUAUUGAUGAACCAAUAAGUCUUCUGGAUAUUUUCCCCACAGUGGCUCACUUGGCUGGGGCAUCCAUUCCACAAGACAGGUACAGAAUACCGGUCUGAAAGUAGCUCAAGACGAUUUGGAUUUUAGCCAUUAAAAUUUGCAAAAAUGUGUAUAUAAUCCAUAGCAUCAUCCAUUUGCUUGGCUUUCUGACAUGUUUUAAUCCAGAAACACCUUAAGUGAUUUCAUCUACAGGUAUUCUGUAAAGAUUGCAUUUAAAAAAUAUGCUGGCCUGUUAAAUUCAAAUGGAUUUCUCCAUAUAAGGGCAAAAGCCUGUUGAAUCAUAGAAUUGUAGAGUUGAAAGGAUCAUCUAGUCCAACCCCCUGCAAUGCUGGAAUAUUAUUCCAUAUCAUGUGCUUUUUAUUUUCCCAACAGCAUUUAAUAUUUUAGGAUUCCCCUCCCUUUUUCUCCAUUUCAAAUGGGCUCAAACCCAUGACCUUGAGAUUAAGAAUCUUAUGCUCUACCAACUGAGCUAUCCCAGACUUUGUAAAAUACAAAAUCAAAUGUAAAUCUUUCUUUUUAUUACAAGACCACAUAUUUAAAUAGAAGGCAGGGGCUUUCUUGGUAGUGGCGCCCACCCUGUGGAACUCCCUCUCGUCAAGGAAAUAAACAACUAUCUGACUUUUAGAAGACAUCUGAAGGGAGCCCUGCUCAGAGAUGUUUUUAAUGUUUGAUGUCGUAUUGUGUUUAAAUUUGUUGGAAGCUGCCCAAUAGGUAGGAAUUUGGGACCUAUGGUUGACAUCGUUAUGCCUGAUCAAUUGCACAAUGGACUUCUGCUUGCCUGACUACCUCAGAAGCUCACCACCUCUACUCCAGUGGGUCCACCAACCAUCCAGAUUGGAUUCUGGAGGAUGGAUAGAAAGCUGCAGUUGGUAGGAGAAGGGGGCAAUACAAGGGGAAAGUGUCUUAUUUGAGUGGAAGUUGGCUCAUCUGUUGAUGAGUAUUACCUUAUGCAUUUGCCUGACUGAAAACUGUUCAUUCAAUUAAAUGGAAAAAUUGAUAGUGCCAAGACUAGCGCAACUCCUAAGGCAGAAUAAGGACUCAUAAGGACAGAAUAAUACCACUCAGUGGAUUUGUAACUGGCUGACUGACCGAACCCAAAGGGUGCUCAUCAAUGGUUCCUCUUCAUCCUGGAGAAGAGUGACUAGUGGGGUGUCACAGGGUUCUGUCUUGGGCCCGGUCUUAUUCAACAUCUUUAUCAACGACUUGGAUGAUGGACUCAAGGGCAUCCUGAUCAAAUUUGCAGAUGACACCUAACUGGGAGGGGUGGCUAACACCCCAGAGGACAGGAUCACACUUCAAAACGACCUUGACAGAUUAGAGAACUGGGCCAAAACAAACAAGAUGAAUUUUAACAGGGAGAAAUGUAAAGUAUUGCACUUGGGCAAAAAAUGAGAGGCACAAAUACAAGAUGGGUGACACCUGGCUUGAGAGCAGUACAUGUGAAAAGGAUCUAGGAGUCUUGGUUGACCACAAACUUGACAUGAGCCAACAGUGUGACGCGGCAGCUAAAAAGCCAAUGCAAUUCUGGGCUGCAUCAAUAGGAGUAUAGCAUCUAGAUCAAGGGAAGUAAUAGUGCCACUGUAUUCUGCUCUGGUCAGACCUCACCUGGAGUACUGUGUCCAGUUCUGGGCACCACAGUUCAAGAAGGACACUGACAAACUGGAACGUGUCUAGAGGAGGGCAACCAAAAUGGUCAAAGGCCUGGAAAUGAUGCCUUAUGAGGAACGGCUAAGGGAGUUGGGCAUGUUUAGCCUGGAGAAGAGGGGGUUAAGGGGUGAUAUGAUAGCCAUGUUCAAAUAUAUAAAAGGAUGUCACAUAGAGGAGAGAGAAAGGUUGUUUCCUGCUGCUCCAGAGAAGCGGACACGGAGCAAUGGAUCCAAACUACAAGAAAGAAGAUUCCACCUAAACAUUAGGAAGAACUUCCUGACAGUAAGAGCUGUUCGACAGUGGAAUUUGCUGCCAAGGAGUGUGGUGGAGUCUCCUUCUUUGGAGGUCUUUAAGCAGAGGCUUGACAACCAUAUGUCAGGAGUGCUCUGAUGGUGUUUCCUGCUUGGCAGGGGGUUGGACUCGAUGGCCCUUGUGGUCUCUUCCAACUCUAUGAUUCUAUGAUUCUAUGAUUCUAUGACUCUUACAGGAAAUAUGGCGGCACAGAGAAGAUCCUGUAAAUCCUGUAUCCUCUUUCUUUCCCCCCCUUCCUUCUAUCCUGGCACAUUUUGCCCUGAACUGUAUGUAGUAGUAGAGGGCCAGGCUCAGGGUGGCUAACACCAAAUAUAAAUUACAAUAAAACAUAAUAGAAAAAAAGAAAAACAGUUACUUAAAAUACGGCUGAAAAUACAGCUGAAAAUGCAGCCUCAUUCUAAUAGUAGCCCAUAAAUCAAGGACAUAAAGGAAGGAAACAUCAGAUAUUCACCUGAGCCAGCUAUCCAUGCUGGUCCUACAUGGGCCAGCAAAAAAGCCAAGGGAAAAUUUAUAUACCAAAUCCCAUACAAAGGGUCAGACUGAGUCCAAGCCAAAGGCCAGGCGGAACAGCUCCAUCUUGGGACUUCCGGAGGCGGCGCCAGCGGUCGAUGGCGGAUUCCCUCGGCUAGAGGGAAUAAGCGCCACGAAAAAAGGGUCGAAUCCCGCUUCGGCGCAGCGGGGGACCCCUAAAAAUCACAGGCGGGGGAAGCCUGUGAACCUGGGACCCAGCGGGCACAUUUGGUGUUCCCCCCCAACCCGGCAAAAGCCCAGAAACGGGCUUGAAAUCGGAGCGGGGGAGAGCGCUGUGCUGUGGGCUGUCUGCUCGUUCGUGGUGUGAAGCCGCAAGCUGUCGACCGGAGAGCGCUGCCUUUCUUUCUUAAAAUCCGGACUUGGAAACCAACGAUCCGUGAGUAGGAUAUACUCAAAUUGGAACUGUAUAAAUUGGAACUGAAAUUAGGCUGAAAACGGAAGGAGGUUUAAAAAGGAAGUCAGCCUCCUUCUAUUGUAGAUAGACUUAAAGCAUUGAACUUGAAAACGGAAGCUUUUGGAAAGGACGUUUUUAGCGGACUUAAAUCCAAUCAUCGAACCUGGACUUUUCCCUCUAUAAGUUGAGGGAAAAUAGGGGGAGAUCUCUGGAGGUGAUUUCUUUAUAAAGAGUGGAAAAGAAGAGAUUAAACCAUCACUCAAUUUCCUGGGAAAGGAUUCUCCAGAUCUUAGGGGGGAAAAAGAGGUACUGUCCUUUAAUAUAUUUUGACAGCUAGUCCUGCAUUGGAUAAAAAGUUUGGAUAAGAUCUUGUGAAUAUAUAUCUCCUGGUCCUAAGUUGAAAACUGUGAUAGACUGUUUUCCUGUUGAACAAACUAGGGGGACUUAAAAAGGAAAUUAAAAUAUCCAAGAACUUUUAGGACUGUUACAAUGUCCCCCAGUGGAACUUGGAACUGUUGCAACUUAUUACAACUGUAACUGUAGCAGGCUUGAGGAGUUCUCACACUGCUUGGGAGGAAAUUUCCACAGUACAAUUCUAACUACGUGUCUGACCUUGAGAAUUAUCUAAGGAAUGGCAGAUAAAGAGAAGACGGAUGCUUCGACUACAAGAUCGGGGAGGAAUAUUCGCACAGAAGAAGGAUCACAAAGGAGAGCUUCGGCCUCAGGCCCUUCUGGAACCUCAACAACAGCCUCAUCGGCACAAUCAAAGGUAAAAAGCUCGACAAGUGAAGAAGCCUUUGCUCAAGUUUUGGCCAAAGUUAAUGAAUCUUUGAGUAAAAUAAGUCAACAAGUAGCAGAGGCUUGUGAGAAGAUUGAUCAAAAUACAAUAAGUAUUAACCAAAAUACAGCAAGUAUAAAUAAUUUGGGCCAAAAAGUAAAUACCAACACUGAGACUAUUCAGAAAUUAUUAGAGGAAUCGGCCGCAAUUCGCCAGAUUGCUGAAGAGGCUAAAGAAAUUGCUACAACUUCUGCUACGGAUGUUAAGGAGGUUCAAGAGGAAUUACCAACAUUGCAUAAACAAUUGGAAGACCAUAAACUAACUCUGUCUAUGAUAGAUUUGAGGGAGAAGCAAGUGAAUCUUCGGGUCAGAUCAGUACCAGAGGUGGAAAAGGACAAUUUAGCUGAAUUUCUCACGCAGGAAUUUUUGGACUUUUGGGACCCAGAACUGGCAAAAGACAGUUUCACAAUAGUAAAUGCAUUUAGACUUGGGAGAAGAGGAGAGAAGAAGGUGAGAGACUGUCUGAUUACUUUUAGAACAAAAGAAGAGAGGGAUAAGAUUUUGGGCUUACACUUCAGGAAAACAUUGGAAAUCCAUCAGAAAAGGGUGGAAAUAUUCAAAGACAUCCCGAAAUAUCUUCUGGAUCUCAGAUCAAAAUACAAAGACCUGGUUAUCCUGCUGAGAAGGAACAACAUUAAUUUCAGGUGGGAACUCCUCAAGGCCUGUCUUUUAGCUACAAGGAAAGAAGAGGAAAAUAAGAUCGGAAGACGAUAAAGAUAAAUUUUACAGGGACCACGGAGAAGACUUACAAAAAGAACUAUUUCCGGAACCAAAAGAUCGUUCGAAAGAAGGGAUACCACCGACGGACGAGGAACAGGCACUAGGUGCAGUAGGAGGAGAAUCAAAACAAUAACAUCAUGGCCCUGCAACUUUUAACAUGGAACUGCCGGGGUUUGAAUUCCCCUCAGAAGAGGAAGUCAGUAUUUCAUAUAUUAAAAAAGGAACAAUUAGAUUUAAUUUGUUUACAAGAAACACAUAUAACGAGAUUACACAGGAAAUUGUUAAUAAACAAAAGACUUGGUCAGGAAUUUAUUUCGUCGGAUAAAGUUAAAAAGAGAGGGGUCGUGAUCUACGCAAAAGACAAUUUAUCACCAAAAUUUGUUUUCAAGGAUGACCAAGGAAGAUUUGUGGCAAUUGAAAUUCAAACACAAGGAGAAAAAUUUUUGAUCGUAGGAGUUUACGCACCAAAUGAUGGGAAAUCCGAUUUUUUUAAGAAGUUGCAUGAGACCUUGAUGGACCAUAUGGAUUACAACAUAAUUUUGAUGGGAGAUAUGAAUGGAGUGGUAUCUACUUACAUGGACAAGGCACAAAAACAGGUAGUCACCAAAGAUGGUAGACUACCGAGAACCUUUUUUGAUAUGACAGACAACUUGGAUUUAGUGGAUAUUUGGAGAAUUAGAAACCCCUUGGCAAAAGAAGGAACUUUCUUUUCUGAAGCCAAAAUGACUUGGACAAGAAUUGACCAAAUCUGGAUAACUAGAGGAAUGGCACCAAAAACAAAAAAGGUGGAAAUCUGCCCGAAAAUUUGCUCCGACCAUAAUGCUGUUAAGAUGGAAAUGAGACUAAUGCCAACUGGCUCCUUCAGAUGGAAGAUGAAUGACACCUUAUUUAGAGAUGAAGAAUUUCUUAAGAAGGCCCAAAAAACUUUAAGAGACUACUUUGAGAUAAAUCUUAGUUCCAACGUGGAGAAAAGAGUAAUCUGGGAUGCAAGUAAAGCUGUUAUGAGAGGGUUCUUAAUACAACAGAAUGCGAUAAAGAAAAGAACUCAAAAUGAGAAGAAGGAUAAAAUUAUGAACAAAAUGAAUGAAUGCGAAAAAGAUUGCGAGUAAAUCCCAAAUCUCAAGAGACUCUGAGAGAGUUAAAGUUAUAUCAAGUACAAUAUAUGAAAAUAAUGAAUCAGGAAAUAGAAUGGAAAAUUAAACAAAUGAGACAAAAGACUUUUGAAUCGGCCAAUAAAUGUGGUAAACUGUUGGCAUGGCAAAUGAAAAAGAGACAAAAAUUAAAUACGAUUACGAAUUUAGAAGUGGAUGGAAGGAAUAUACAGAACCCUGCAGAGAUUAGAAGUUGUUUCCAGAAGUAUUUUAAAAGACUAUACACUCAAGGGCCCGUGAAAGAAACAGACUUAGAUCUAUUUUUGAAAACAAAUGGAUUACAAAAAAUAUCCCAAGAAAAGAGACUAAUUUUGAAUGACAGAAUAACGGAACAGGAAAUAGAAGGUGCCAUUCAAAAUAUGCAACUGGGUAAAUCUCCAGGCCCAGACGGCUUGACCUCUAGAUACUACAGAUCCUUAAAAGAUUGGUUAAUUCAACCAUUGAAAGAGGUCUGCAACGAAAUAAUGGAGGGGAGGAGGGCACCAGAGUCGUGGAAAGAAGCAUAUAUUACACUUGUACCAAAAACAGAGGCUGAAAAGACACAACUAAAGAACUACCGCCCAAUAUCAUUACUUAAUGUGGAUUACAAAAUUUUUGCAGAUAUUUUGGCGAAGAGAUUUAAAAAAAGUGCUGUUGGAAGAGAUUCAUAAAGACCAAGCGGGCUUUCUCCCAAGAAGACACUUGUCUGAUAAUCUGAGGAAUAUAAUUGAUAUUUUGGAAAAAUUAGAAGUGAAUAUAAACACUAAAGCAGUGUUGAUAUUCGUAGACGCGGAGAAAGCCUUUGACAAUAUUUCUUGGAAUUUUAUGAAGAAGAAUCUUCAGGGUAUGGGGGUAGGCCAAGGUUUUGAGAAUGGUAUAAGUGCAAUUUAUUCAGAACAAAAGGCUAAACUAAUUGUAAAUAACGUUGUGACGGAAGAACUUAAAAUUGAAAAAGGGACACGACAAGGGUGCCCAAUUUCCCCUCUUCUCUUUGUUUCGGUCCUGGAGGUGUUGCUGAAUAUGAUUAGAAGGGACCAGUUGGUUAAAGGUAUACAGGUCGGAACUAAACACUAUAAAUUGAGAGCAUUUGCAGAUGACUUAGUAUUGACGUUACAGGAGCCAGAAUCUAGUACAAAAAGGGUUUUAGAACUGAUUCAAGAAUUUGGUCAAGUGGCAGGAUUUAAAUUGAACAAAUCAAAAACCAAGGUUUUAGAGAAAAAUUUAACACCGUUUGAAAGAGAGAGGUUUCAGAAUGAGACAGGGUUAACAGUGGUUAAGAAAGUUAAAUACCUGGGGAUUAACAUGACAGCAAAAUGGGAAUUUAUUUAAAGAUAAUUAUGAAAAAUGUUGGUCAGAAGUGAAAAAGAUUUAGAAAUUUGGUCAAACUUGAAGCUUUCACUGCUAGGCCGUAUUGCUGCGAUAAAAAUGAAUGUAUUGCCUAGAAUGUUGUUUUUGUUUCAAACUUUGCAGAUUGUGGACAAAAUGGACUGUUUCAAGAGGUGGCAGAAAGAUAUUUCUAAAUUUGUCUGGCAGGGCAAGAAACCUAGAAUAAAAUUUAAAAUACUAACAGAUGCAAAGGAAAGAGGUGGAUUUGCCCUGCCAGACCUCAAACUUUAUUAUGAAUCAGCAGCUUUUUGCUGGUUGAAAGAAUGGCUACUUCUUGAAAACACUGACAUUUUGGAUUAGGAAGGUUUCAAUAAUGUAUUUGGAUGGCAUGCAUAUUUAUGGUAUGAUAAGGUCAAAGCACACAAAGCAUUUAAAAACCACAUUGUCAGGAAAGCGCUAUUUAAUGUUUGGAUAAGAUAUAAGGAUUUGCUAGAAAAUAAAACCCCAAGGUGGCUGUCACCAAUGGAAGCGAAAGCCUUGAAAAGGGUCAAUAUGGAGGUCAAAUGGCCGAAAUAUUGGGAAAUUUUGGAACAAGACGGAGAUAGACUGAAAUUGCAGAGUUUUGAAAAACUAACAAACAAAGUGCGAGACUGGCUCCAUUAUUAUCAAAUAAUGGAGGCAUUUAAAUUAGACAGGAAAAUUGGCUUCCAGGUGGAAAAAUCAAAAUUAGAAACAGAAUUGUUAGAACCCAAUACUAAGAAUCUGUCAAGAAUGUAUAACUUGCUGCUGAAAUGGAAUACUCAAGAUGAAACGGUAAAAUCGGCUAUGAUUAAAUGGGCACAGGACGUAGGACAUAACAUUAUGUUUGCUGAUUGGGAACAGUUAUGGACCACGGGUAUGAAAUUUACGGCAUGUAAUGCCUUAAGAGAGAAUAUUAUGAAAAUGAUAUACAGGUGGUACAUAACCCCAGUCAAGCUUGCGAAAAUCUAUCACUUGCCCGAUAACAAAUGUUGGAAAUGUAAAGAAACUGAAGGUACAUUUUUUCACCUUUGGUGGACGUGCCCAAAGAUUAAGGCUUUCUGGGAAAUGAUAUAUAAUGAAUUAAAAAGGUAUUUAAGUAUACCUUUCCCAAGAAACCAGAGGCCUUUCUCCUGGGCAUAGUGGGCCAAAUGGUGUUAAAAAGGGAUAGAACUUUCUUUAUGUAUGCAACAACAGCAGCAAGAAUACUCAUCGCAAAGUAUUGGAAGACACAAGAACUUCCCACGCUGGAGGAAUGGCAGAUGAAACUUAUGGACUAUAUGGAAUUGGCGGAAAUGACUGGCAGAAUCCGUGACCAGGGAGAAGAGUCGAUGGAGGAAGACUGGAAGAAAUUCAAAGACUAUCUUCAGAAACACUGCAAAAUUAAGGAAUGUUAGAGUGAUGUUGGAUUGAAAAUAAGUGGUUUCCAGCUGUACAGGUUAAAGGUAAAGAUAGAUUAAGAUUUAAGAUCAAGAUUAAAGAUGUUUAAAGAAAUGGAAAUUGGAUAAUAAAAGGGAAAAAUUUAAAGGUAUAUGACAUUAAGAACAAGGAUUAUGUUUAAAAAGUUGAAGUUAUAUAUUUUAAUAUUUUAUUAAAUUAAAGAUUGGGUUUAAAAAAGUGGAAAAGAAACUGCUGGACAAAUAACGUAGAUUGGAAUACAAAAGAGGGAGGUAUGAGGAAGUCCAGAAAAUAAGUAAUUUAAAUUUGGGAAUGGAAAAGAGAGUUUGUUUUAAAUUGUUAUGUUUUGCGUUUUUAUUGUUAAAUUUUAUAUUGUUUUUCUGUGUGUGUUGUUUUUUCUUUUUUCUUUGUUUAAAACUUUAAUAAAAAUUAUUUAUAAAAAAAAAAAAAGGAACAGCUCCAUCUUGCAGGCCCUGUGGAAAGAUGUCAAAUCCCGCAGGGCCCUGGUCUCUUGUGACAGAGCGUUCCACCAAGUCAGGGCCAGUGCUGAAAAGGUCCUGGCUCUAGUUGAGACCAAUCUAACCUCCUUGAGACUCAGGACCUCCAAAGUGUUGUUAUUUAUGGACCUUAAAGUCCUCCACGGGGCAUACCAGGAGAGGCGGUUCCUUAGGUAUGAGCUAAAGAAUCAGUCAUCGGCCUAUGCUGUACAGUACUACUUUACUAAAUGUAUUAUUACUUUUCUUAGGGUGAUUGAUGGAAGGAACCAGAUAGCUUUGCUACAGGGAGCAGUGCAGCACUCAGAGCAUGAAUUCAUGUUUCACUACUGUGGGUCGUACUUGCAUGCAGUGCGCUGGUACCAGAAAGAGAGU